ACAGCCCAGGCAGCGGGUGGGUAGGCUGGUGUUGUGCAGCAAGGCUCCUACCAGGACAAUGGUCUUCCAGACUUUACCACCCAAGUGAGAAAGAGGCCUGUGGUGCUUCUUUUUCCUUGCCUUUGUCCUUACCAAGCCGGAAUUGGGAUGUCAGGGGUUUCAGAGGAGGAUCCCGAGGGUCUGGGCUCCCUGGGUCUGCCAGCGUUGGGCAGAGUCUGCUUAGUCACCAUGGACAAAAAACUUAGUGUGCUGAGUGAGAAGGUCGACAGACUCUUGCAUUUCCAAGACGAUGUCACAGAGAAGCUGCAGUGUGUGUGCCGAGGCAUGGACCACCUGGAACAAGGUCUGCACCGGCUGGAGGCCUCCCGAGAGUUGGGUCUGGCAGGGUCUGACAACCCUCCUCCAGCCACUGCUCAGGCUGCAUGGCCCGAGGUCCUGGAGCUGGUGAGGGCUGUGCGGCAGGAGGGUGCCCAGCAUGGUGCCAGGCUCGAAGCCCUCUUCAAGACCAUGGUGGCUGUGGACAGGGCUGUUACUUUGGUGGGGGCCACAUUCCAGAACUCAAAGGUGGACGAUUUCAUCGCCCAAGGGACCGUGCCCUGGAGGAAAGGCAGUCUGGCUGACCGCUCUGAGGAGAACAAGGAACAACCUGAAGUUACUGGAGCUAAGCCAAAGCAUGUGCUGACUGCCCGAGGAGCAGGACCGCUAACUCCAACCAGUGAAGCUCACAGUGGUGAAGCACAUCCCAGGAUCUCUGCCCACGUGCAAGAGAUGGAUACUCCUGGGGAGCUGCUUGAGACACAAAGGGGCAGCCCCACAGCCUCUACAGAAGCUCUAGAAGUUACCCAACCUGAUGAGCAUGACCCACAUCCCAAAGACCCUGGGACUGAGUUGGAAAACCAUAUCCCUAAAGGAGCCAGAGAGUUUCUACCCCUGCCAAAGAGGAGUAGCAACAAUGGAGGAAUGAAUACAGAGGAGGAGGUGGAGCUUGGGUCUGAGCCUCUCGCUGGACCAAGCUUGACCACGAGGGACUGGGGAGAAGAGGCUGUUGGGACCACAGACCUGCAGCAAGACACAGAUCCAGGAACGCAAAAGCCUGAGCCCUGGAAGGACCAUGCAGCCAAGGGUUCAGGGGGAACUGAAGCCGGAGGGAGGAUGUCGUCUGCUGCAGAGGCUGCCGUCACAGUUCUAGAUGACAGUGCCGCUCCCCCAGCCCCUUUUGAACAUCGGGUAGUGAGUGUCAAGGGUACCUCCAUCUCAACAGGCUACACAGUGUCCCAACAUGAAGUCUUGGGAGGGGGCCGGUUUGGCCAGGUACACAGGUGUACAGAGAGAUCCACAGGCCUAGCACUGGCAGCCAAGAUCAUCAAAGUGAAGAACAUCAAAGAUCGGGAGGAUGUGAAGAAUGAGAUCAACAUUAUGAACCAGCUCAGCCAUGUCAACUUGAUCCAACUCUACGAUGCUUUUGAGAGCAAGAACAGCUUCACCUUGAUCAUGGAGUAUGUGGAUGGCGGUGAACUCUUCGAGCGGAUCACUGAUGAGAAGUACCACCUCACUGAACUGGACGUGGUCUUGUUCACAAAGCAGAUCUGUGAGGGCGUGCAUUACCUGCACCAGCACUACAUCCUGCACCUGGACCUCAAGCCGGAGAACAUACUGUGUGUCAACCAGACAGGACAUCAAAUUAAGAUCAUUGACUUUGGACUGGCUAGAAGAUACAAGCCUCGGGAGAAGCUAAAGGUGAACUUUGGUACUCCGGAGUUCCUGGCCCCAGAAGUUGUUAACUAUGAGUUUGUCUCAUUCCCGACAGACAUGUGGAGUGUGGGAGUUAUCACCUACAUGCUACUCAGUGGUUUGUCCCCAUUUCUAGGGGAAACAGAUGCAGAGACCAUGAACUUUAUUGUGAACUGUAGCUGGGAUUUCGAUGCUGACACCUUCAAAGGGCUGUCAGAGGAAGCCAAGGACUUUGUUGCCCGGUUGCUGGUCAAAGAGAAGAGCUGCAGGAUGAGCGCCACACAGUGCCUGAAACACGAGUGGUUGAACCAUUUGCCCACGAAAGCCUUGGGAGCCAAGGUUCGUCUCAGAUCCCAACUAUUGCUGCAGAAAUACAUGGCCCAGAGCAAAUGGAAGAAACAUUUCCAUGUGGUGACUGCAGUCAACAGGUUAAGAAAAUUUCCCACAAGUCCCUAAAUCUUCAACUCUGCUGCUCCACUGGGCCCAGGAAUUCUUGAGGCAACAUGAAGUGGUAACAUGAAGAAAUUAUUCAAGAUUUCAUGUAGUCUGGCCCUUUGCCAUUAUUGAUUCUUCUUGGUUUGCAAAGACUGGUGGAAGAAAGUGAAAGAAAAGAAGAAAAAAGAGGAGAAAAGGAAAAGGAAGAAAGCAAGGGAGGAGAAA